GUACAGGCAGCCAGCAGACCAUUCUCCAUGAGGAGCAGUGGAAGAUGCCGGCUCUGCCAGCACUGCUGCUGUCGAUUUACGUCGCCGUCCUGCUGCUGACCAUGGCACCGCUCUCCUUCAGCCAGGCCCUCUCUGCCGUCCGCAUGGCGGCCAUUUUGGAUGACCAGUCAGCGUGUGGUCGUGGCGAGCGUCUGGCGCUGGCUCUGGCGAGGGAGAACAUCAACAAUCUGAUGGAGGGCUCCUCCCAGGCGAGGGUGGAGGUGGACGUCUACGAGCUGCAGACGGACUCCCAGUACGACACCACUGACACCAUGUGUCAAAUCCUGACGAAGGGCGUGGUCUCAGUGAUUGGUCCCGCCUCCAGCCCCGCCUCUGGGUCCACCAUCAGUCACAUCUGUGGGGAGAAAGAGAUCCCUCACGUGAAGAUCGGUCCGGAGGAAACCCCGAAGCUGCCGUACCUUCGCUUCGCCUCGGUGACCCUGUACCCGAGUAACGAGGACCUGAGCCUGGCCAUCGGCUCCAUCCUGCGCUCCUUCGGCUACCCGAUGGCCAGCCUCGUCUGCGCCAAGGCAGAGUGCCUGCUGCGAUUGGAGGAGCUGGUCCACCGCUUCCUGAUCUCCAGGGAGACACUAUCGGUGCGGAUGCUGGACGACAGCCUGGACCCCACCCCGCUGCUGAAGGAGAUCCGGGAUGACAAAGUGGCCACCAUCAUCAUCGACGCCAACGCCUCCAUCUCCUACCACAUCCUCCGGAAGGCGAACGAGCUGGGGAUGAUGUCAGCCUUCUAUAAGUACAUCCUCACCACCAUGGACUUCCCUCUGCUGCGUUUGGACGACGUGGUGGGCGAUCAGUCCAACAUUUUGGGCUUCUCCAUGCUGAACGCCAGUCAUCCCUUCUACCUGGAGUUCAUCCGGAGCCUCAACCUGUCCUGGAGAGAAGGCUGCAAUAUCACCCCGUACCCAGGACCGGCGCUGUCGUCGGCCCUGAUGUUCGAUGCGGUCCACGUGGUGGUGAGCGCAGUGCGCGAGCUGAACCGCAGUCAGGAGAUCGGGGUGAAGCCACUGAGCUGCACGUCGCCGCUCAUCUGGCAGCACGGAACCAGCCUCAUGAACUACCUGCGCAUGGUGGAGUACGACGGUCUGACGGGUCACAUUGAGUUCAACAGCAAAGGCCAGCGGACCAAUUACACGCUGAAGAUCCUGGAGAAACACCCCAGGGGCCAUAAAGAGAUCGGCACCUGGUACUCCAACAACACGUUGGCCAUGAACUCCACUUCCCUGGACCUCAACGCGUCAGAGACGCUGGCUAACAAGACGCUCAUCGUCACCACCAUACUGGAAAACCCGUACGUGAUGCACAAGGCCAACCACCAGGACUACCAGGGCAACGACCAGUACAAGGGUUUCUGUGUGGACAUGCUGCGGGAGCUGGCAGACAUCUUGAAGUUCUCCUUCAAGAUCAAGCUGGUGGACGACGGGCUGUACGGAGCGCCGGAGCCCAACGGCAGCUGGACCGGCAUGGUGGGAGAGCUGAUCAACCGGAAAGCAGACCUGGCGGUCGCCGGCUUCACCAUCACCUCGGAGAGAGAGAAGGUGAUUGAUUUCUCCAAACCCUUCAUGACUCUGGGGAUCAGCAUCCUGUACCGGGUUCAUCUGGGCCGUAAACCCGGUUACUUCUCCUUCCUGGAUCCCUUCUCUCCGGCUGUCUGGCUCUUCAUGCUGUUGGCCUACCUCGCCGUCAGCUGCGUCCUCUUCCUCGCCGCCAGGCUCAGCCCCUAUGAAUGGUACAACCCUCACCCGUGCCUUCGGGAGCGGCCGGACGUCCUGGUGAACCAGUACACCCUGGGGAACAGCCUGUGGUUCCCGGUUGGCGGCUUCAUGCAGCAGGGCUCCGAGAUCAUGCCCCGGGCUCUGUCCACCCGCUGCGUCAGCGGAGUCUGGUGGGCGUUCACCCUCAUCAUCAUCUCGUCCUACACGGCCAACCUGGCGGCGUUUCUGACCGUCCAGAGGAUGGAGGUUCCCAUCGAGUCCCCGGAUGACCUGGCAGACCAAACCAACAUCCAGUACGGCACCAUCCACGGAGGAUCCACCAUGACCUUCUUCAUGAACUCGCGGUACCAGACGUACCAGCGGAUGUGGAACUACAUGAACUCCAAGCAGCCCAGCGUCUUCGUGAAGAGCACCGAGGAAGGCAUUGCACGCGUCCUCAACUCCAAGUACGCCUUCCUGAUGGAGAGCACCAUGAACGAGUACUACCGCAGCCUCAACUGCAACCUCACGCAGAUCGGAGGCCUGCUGGACACCAAAGGAUACGGCAUCGGCAUGCCUCUGGGCUCUCCGUACAGAGAUGAGAUCACUCUCGGGAUCUUACAGCUGCAGGAGAGCAACCGGCUGGAGAUCCUGAAGAGACGCUGGUGGGAGGGGGGACAGUGUCCCAAAGAGGAGGACCACCGGGCUAAAGGUCUGGGCAUGGAGAACAUCGGCGGGAUCUUUGUGGUCCUGAUCUGCGGCCUCAUCAUCGCCGUCUUUGUGGCCAUCAUGGAGUUUCUGUGGUCGACGCGCCGCAGCGCCGAGACGGACGAGGUAAAACAUCAUCAUCAUCCUCCUACUCCUCUUCCUCUCUCGUGCUCCUCCUCCUGCCCCGCCCCCGGCCUCAACCGCAGCUCUAACACCUCAACUAGGGAGAACCAGAACCUGGACUGAGCGGGGCAGACAGUCCCAACCUGUUGCAGUAAAGUGAGAAGAUUUCUGACCUGGCAGCUGCAGAUCUUCAUGACACAAGGCGGUGGAAACACUCCUGCGUUU